CUGAGUUUAAGUUAUUUAAAUAUAUUAAACAUUAACUAACAAAACUUACAGAAGAUGCCAGUGAAAUGUACCAAUUCGUGUAAUAACAAUGCUGUCUUGAAAAGACCAAAAACGGGUGAUAAAUUAUGUAAAGAAUGUUUUUACAAUGUGUUUGAAGAAGAAAUUCACAAUACUGUUGUCAAUUAUAAUCUUUUUAAACCUGGAGAUACAGUGGCUAUUGGUGCUUCAGGAGGAAAAGAUUCAACAGUUUUAGCAUACAUUAUGAAAACAUUAAAUGAUCGAUAUAAUUAUGGUUUAAAUCUUAUUUUGCUGUCAAUUGAUGAAGGAAUUACUGGAUAUCGUGAUGACUCUCUGGAGACAGUAAAAAGAAAUAAAGUACAGUAUGACUUACCAUUGAAAAUUUUAUCUUACGAAGAAUUAUAUGGCUGGACCAUGGAUGCGAUUGUACAGCAUGUGGGGAGAUCAAACAACUGUACAUUUUGUGGGGUAUUUCGAAGACAAGCUCUUGAUAGAGGUGCUAUGAUGGUAGGAGCAAAUAAAAUUGUCACAGGACAUAAUGCUGACGAUGUUGCUGAAACUGUCUUAAUGAACAUUUUAAGAGGCGAUAUUGCUAGACUACGUAGAUGUACCUCGAUAACUACAGGUUCAGACGGUGGCUUGCCACGAUGCAAACCUUUUAAAUACACAUACGAGAAAGAGAUUGUAAUGUACGCUUAUUUUAAGAAGCUGGAUUACUUCUCUACUGAGUGUAUCUACUCUCCUAAUGCAUAUAGGGGCUACGCUAGAGCAUACUUAAAAGAUUUGGAAGCAAUACGCCCUAGUUGUAUAAUAGAUAUUAUACAUUCUGGUGAAUGUAUGUCAGUCAAAACAGAAGUAAAAAUGCCGAAACAAGGUUUGUGCACAAAGUGCGGAUAUAUAUCAAGUCAAACAUUGUGCAAAGCCUGUGUAUUGUUGGAAGGAUUGAAUCGUGGCUUGCCCAAGUUGGGUAUUGGAAAAGUUCAUCGCGGAAAAGGUAAAGCAAUUUUGGACUUGGUCAUCCAAGAAACGUUAUCUAAGCAAUCAUCAAUGGCCUCACUAACUAAUUCGUCAUCAUCUCUUAAUUCUACUGAUUCAAGUGCUCCAAAUAAAACCGGUUGUAGUAACCAGUGCGACCAGUGUGAAUGUUCGACUGAUGAAACAGCGAAGAAGAUACAAAAUAUAGCUAUUGAUUUUUGACGAAUCUCUUGUAUGUUGUGAUGUGGUUGCAUUGUGAAGAAUUGGGCGAAAUUAAGUGGACUACAAUAAGAAGAUAAAUCUAGUUCAGAAUGUGUACCAGAACUGAAGAAAAUGGGUUGGUUUGGUAGAUUUUAUUAAGAAAAAAACGAACGAACGAAAGAAAAAAAGAAAAUGAGUGGGAAUAACAAAUUAUGAAACGAGCAGCAGCUAGCGAUCAUUCUGACUCGCAAUUGUCAGUUAAAAUUUUCGUCCAGCAAAUGUGUGAUAAGAACUUUGAAAAACCUGAUCGAUUUUCAUACAAUACAGUCGUGCAAUUAGUACGUUACUUCAACAUGUCAACAUCAAAAAAAUGACGGCGUUUGACACGAAAGUCGGUACAAUGCACCGCCCUUCAGUUGUGCAGUGCAAUUACAAAUGUAUCGAGAGAGGCUGUUUUAAAAUAAAUUUAAUUAUGACAUGUUUCUUUAACAGAAAAGAAAAAAAAGUAUUUUGUGAUUACUGUAUUACUGUGUUAAAAUAAAAUAAAAAAGUUGAAUGAUA